AUACGACCAAACAGUCCCAGCCAAGCAAUCCCCUCCAAACUUCAUUUGUUUUGCCACACCAGUCAACCCGCUCAGAAAACUGCAACUGCCCUCUAGCUUUCCUAACAAAAUGCAUUAUAGCCUAGCACUAGUUAUUAUGAUCCUUUGUUCUGCCCAGUCUUGGGCAAAGAUUCGAAAUCCAUGUGACAGCCAACAUUUCAUGUCAACAUGUGAGGGUCCUAAUCAGCAACAACAUCUCGAAUUCAUACGGUUUCGACAGGCUAACGAGGCGAGAAUUGCAAUGGUCCAGCCCUUCCGUGUCCAACUUCAGGCUAAAUUCAACCAUCAUCCUGAAUCGAUCGCCCAACGACUCGAAGAGUGCUCGUAG